AUGGGUAAGCGCAAGAAGUCUACCAGAAAGCCGCAAGGCCCCAAGAAGUCUGUGACAGUCAAGCUGGAGAAAAAGAUCGGCGUCGGUCAGCUGUCCUGCAAAGUUUGCGGACAAUCAUUUCAAACCGGAAUCAACUACCUUUCUGCAGCAGUGGAUGUCUACUCUGAUUGGAUCGAUGCCUGCGACACCGUUGCCAAAGACGCUGCUGGGGACGACCCUCGCGAUUCCAGUUAUGGCUAUCACGAACCCGAGUCAAGACUUGCCGUGGAGGACUACGCAGAUAGGGAGCCUCUUGCCGCAACUGAAGGUAGCAUAGAUGACGAUGGCGACUGA